CGAAGAAAACAGGGGAGAUGACAACUGAGGCCGCAAAGGAAAUCGUUGAGAAGAUUGAUAUUGUUCAAUCUAUACCUUCCAGCUUUCCUAUAUCUUCCCUAGAGUUGUUCAGUGUCCUUGAUGACGCUAGUGAAAAAAACAUGUUUAUGUGGGAUAGCAGAAUCAAUGCAAAGAUAUGUAUUUGAUGGAGAGGAUGGAAAAAUCGGUCUUGAACCAAAAAACCUAGUUUCUAGCACAAGUUUCUUGCUAGAACAGAAAUUGCUGAAGGGAUGGCUUGUUGACAAGGAUGCGGAAGCACUAAGGUGCCAGAAGCAAUUGGAGGAGGAGGAAGAAGCUGCUCAGAAAAGACAAGCUGAGAUUUUGGAGAGGAAACGCCAGAAGAAGCUUAGACAAAAAGAGCAGAAAGCUAGGGAACAAAGACACAAAACUGAGGCAGAAAUUAAAGGCAAUAUUGACAGUACUGUAAAGGCAUUAUUACUAGCAGAAGCAUCUUUGGCUUUAUCACUGGUAGAAGCAUCUUUAGAUACAUACAAUUUUGAAGCUCAUAAUCCAAAUACAUUUUCUGAUAGCUCAGCUUCACCUGUACCUUCCCAAUGUGCUGACACCAAUGAAGUAAUAAAUGGAUAUAUUCAUUAGAGUCUGAAACUGCCACUGAUCAAAAUGUUGAGAGACGGUCUGCACAUGGACAGAAACAUCAACGCCAAGCAGUUGCCAGACAACAGGGGCUGCCAAAAUCACAAUGGACUAUAGCCAAUGGUUUGCAUACAAACCAGAAUUCUCCAGUGUCAAAACUUGAAAUCAAUCAGAAAUAUGGAACCCGCUGUGAUCAAAAGGCAUCUGCUAUAGUUAAUGGUAGCAAAGUAUGGACUCGAAAGUCUAAAAUAGAAAUUGACAAGGUGGUUUUAAAAACCAUACAAGAGAAUAAACCAGACCAAAUUAAGAAUCAAGAAUUUUUAAUAGGAUCUAUAUCUGUUAAUCUUAGCAAUUGCAGCCAAUCAGAGGGUAAUAUGGUGGCUUCUCAAAAGGACUGCAUGGUCGAGAAUGUGGGAAAGCAGAAUAUUUCUCGGGAUAAACCAAUGAAAACCGAUGUUGCUAUGGGUGGCAACAAUCGCUCAACAGUCAAGCUUUGGAGGCCAGUUAGCCGGCUUGAAACUAAAGAUCCACUUCCAGUUCAAAGUGGUGGGAUAGAAGUUGAUGCAGUUCAUGGAAAUGGUCAAAACUUGUCAGGUCCAAGUUCUUUAAGGGUGUCUACUGCUGAUGGUGGUGAUAUUGGUUUUGCAAAGUAUUUCUCCCAUACAGAGGGUAAAGCAGAUUCAGGAAGCUUACUGUUCGACAUUCAAGCUGCAAAAGCUUUCCUUGCACAAAGUAAGCUUUGUCACUUCAUGCCUUUGCUGAUAAUGUGAUCAAAUGCUUGGCUUGGUCUUCAAUUAAUAUUUUCCUAAUCAAAACUAUAUGGAAGGAAGCUAUCUCGUUAGAACAUGUGACAUUGGUUAUUUGCCCCGAUUCAGAACCUCCUGGGUGUGAGGAGAUGCGGGAUUUGAAAACAGCAGCAUAUCAAUCUUCUGCAGUGGAUAGUUGCAACAUUGUGGCUAAUGCAGAUAAAAGAUUGCCUGCAACCUCCAGAGUUGUGAAAUCCAAACCCAGAUCGAAGAAGUCUGAAAAGGGGACCAAGAUAAAGUAUAUUCCCAAACAGAAGACAAAUACCUAAUGUGAGAGAAUAAAUUGUAGUAGUUAGUUAUACAGAUAUACAGAGUUUGACUUUGUUGCAAAUUUAUAUGUUAGCAGAGGUCCAAGUUUUACCAGGAUGGUCUUCUGUCAAAAUGUUGAAAGUAAGUUUUGCCGGAAAAUCUUUACAUUCCACCCUUCCUCUGAAAGAUUUCAUAUGGGAUUUUGGCUAGUUAGUUUCUUUUUACUUGUUGAAUUAUUAGCUUUUUUUUGUUGUAAUAAACUUGUUUAAUUUCAGUACAGGUUGACUUUUUUA